AUGGAUGAGGGAAAGACUCAGUAUGCGGCGACAUCCUCGCCAGAUUUCGAGGAGGAUAUGAGUGUUGGCCGCUACAUCGCCACUCGUAUCUCCUCUCUAGUGCCUCCCAUGAACCCGGCGCCGAACCCGUUCAAGGCUCUUACACUGCUCAACCGGUCUCAGUGGCUGAAUUUCUCGGUCGCGUUUCUUGGCUGGUCCUGGGAUUCGUUUGACUUCUUCACCGUCUCGCUUACUGCCUCUGCACUGGCGAAAUCAUUCGAUAAAUCCGUCACCGAUAUCACAUGGGGAAUCACCCUGGUUCUGAUGCUGCGAUCUGUCGGCGCCAUCACCUUCGGAAUCGCCUCCGAUCGAUGGGGCCGCAAAUGGCCGUUCAUCGUCAACCAGUUGCUCUUCGUCGUCCUCGAGCUUGGUGCUGGUUUCUGUCAGACUUAUAAACAGUUCCUGGCUUGUCGCGCCUUGUUUGGAAUUGCCAUGGGUGGCUUGUACGGUAAUGCGGCUGCCACCGCGCUGGAGGAUUGCCCGCCUGAAGCCCGCGGUAUUAUCUCGGGACUCUUGCAGCAAGGUUACGCCUUUGGAUAUCUGCUAGCCACGGCUUUCGCUCGAGGUCUAGUCGAUACUACCCCUGAAGGCUGGCGGCCGCUGUUCUGGUUUGCCGCUGGUCCACCAGUCUUGAUCAUCAUCUUCCGGUUAUUCCUUGGUGAAACUGAGACUUUCCGUCGGCGCCAGGAAGCGCGACAGGAAUUGCGUGGAGGUGUUGCGGCAUCGUUCAUCUCAGAAGGGAAGGUCGCACUACAGCGACACUGGUUGAUACUCAUAUACCUGGUUCUGCUUAUGUCUGGGUUUAAUUUCAUGUCGCACGGAUCUCAGGAUCUUUACCCGACAAUGCUGGAGAACCAGUUCAAAUUCUCAAAGAACGCAGUCACCGUGACACAAGUUGUCGCCAACCUAGGCGCCUUGUCAGGUGGUGUAUUAUGCGGCUGGGCCAGUCAGAUCUUCGGCCGCCGGUUCUCUAUCAUCGCCAUCUCCAUCAUCGGCGGUGCCCUUCUCUACCCCUACACAUUUGUCCAGAACAAGAAUGUCAUUGCUGCGGCCUACUUCGAGCAGUUCAUGGUCCAGGGUGCAUGGGGUGUGAUCCCUAUCCAUCUUAUGGAGCUAUCACCAGGAUCUAUCCGCACCUUCGCUGUCGGCACCGCCUACCAGCUCGGCAACUUGGUCUCCUCCGCUAGCUCGACUAUUGAAUCAACCAUCGGUGAACGCUUCCCGUUGCCCCCUACUGAAGAAGCCGCCCAUCGCUACGAGUACGGCAAGGUCAUUUGCAUCUUCAUGGGCUGCGUCUUUGCCUAUGUUAUUCUGAUUACAAUUGCUGGACCAGAGCGUUUGGGUCGUAACUUCGAUGCUGAGCAUGAUGCGGACCUCCAGGAGGUUGCUGCUCACCGUGGUCUCAAUCCCAAGGAGGACUUCGGGGAAGAUCCUGAGAAGGCUACGACUACUAUUGUGCCGUAG